UGGAUAUGACGUCAGGGACCUGGAAGAUCAAAACAACAACAUCCACAUCUUGGAUUCUUCCCCUUUUUCUUUAUCUUUUCUUUCCGUUUUCAGACCUCAUCAUAACAGUCAGUAUUUUUCAGCGACACCGAGGGCACCGACAAACUAUUUUAUUUUUUUGCUGACACACACUAAGUUAGGUGUGAAGUUAUUUAAUGCCUUCUCCACCGUCACCCCCCCCCCCAAAAAAAAAAAAUGCUGGCGGAGUAAUCUUGUUGGUGUUUACGGUGUGAUUUGUAAAGCACGCGGUCUCCGUACACAAGCUGGCGUGCACCUCUUGAGCGAGUCGUGUUCAUCCGCGUCCGCCUGAUAGCUGCUCUUUAGCGACUCGCAUCAUGGGCAGACAGGAUAUGAAGUGAAUUAUGCUGCUUGGCGACCGGUUUGAUGCUAAGCGCCAAUGGACAAAAAAAACCCUCAUAUCUGAUUGGAGGAAUGGAGUACCUUGAAAUUCAGCACGUGUGAUUUGGUUGGAAUUCAAAAGACAACAUUCUUCUCCAACAGCCCAUUAGGAAUAUUUGUAUUCAAAACUGCAUUUUGGUGUUAAUUGAACAUCCCUGGAGAAUGGUGCUGUUUUUACUCAAGCUUGCAAUGGCUGAUUCUCAUGGAGCUCUUUUGGCACGUCUCUCGUGGUCGCACUGGUUCCCAUUAAAAGGCCAUUGAGCAGCGGUUCUUCUGGGAGCCAUGCAAUUUUUAAGUCAUGAUGCAAGAAUCUGGGACAGAGACAACAAGUAAUGGAGCAUUUCAUCAAAAUGGAAGCGCAAACAUGGAGAAUGAAUCCAAAGGGCAAAGCAAGAGUGCUACGCCAUCAGUGGAAGUGACUGCAGAUGAUCUUCUGCAUCUCCAACAGCACCAGACUCUCCAGAUAGGUAGGCAGUUACUUCUACAGCAGCAGUUUCAGCAAAACACUGAUUGCAAAUCCCCCAAAGCAAACGACAAGGACCAAAGCCUAAAGGUUUCAGUGUCAGUGGCUAUGAUGACACCUCAAGUGAUAACUCCUCAGCAGAUGCAGCAGAUCCUUCAGCAGCAAGUCCUGAGCCCUCAGCAGCUCCAGGUUCUUCUCCAGCAGCAGCAGGCCCUCAUGUUACAGCAGCAGCAACUCCAAGAUUUCUACAAGAAGCAGCAGGAACAGCUCCACCUCCAGCUCCUCCAACAGCAUGGAGGCAGCAAGCAGAAUAAAGAGCAGCAAGUGUCAGCACAGCAGUUGGCCUUCCAGCAGCAGCUCCUUCAGGUCCAGCAGGUCCAGCAGCAACAUCUGCUUAACCUUCAGAGGCAAGGGCUGCUCAGUAUCCAGCCUGGACAAACUGGCCUGCCACUGCAAUCCCUCACGCAUGGCAUGAUUCCUGCGGAGCUCCAGCAGCUAUGGAAGGAAGUAACAAAUGCUCAUGUGAAGGAGGAGCACAACAGCAGCAGCAAUGGCCACCGGGGCCUUGAUCUGUCCUCCCCGGCACCACCAAAGAACCCUCUCCACAACCAGCAUACCCCUACCAACGGACAGUACAUGAGUCAUAAGAGAGAAGUAUCCGCAGUAGAAGAGUGCCACCCUCACAGUCAUCCGCUAUAUGGUCAUGGUGUUUGCAAGUGGCCUGGAUGUGAAGCGGUGUUCGAUGAUUUCCAUUCCUUCUUGAAACAUCUUAACAAUGAGCACGCUUUGGAUGACAGGAGCACCGCCCAGUGUCGAGUGCAAAUGCAGGUCGUUCAACAGCUGGAGCUGCAGCUAGCGAAAGACAAAGAGCGUCUGCAAGCAAUGAUGACACACCUUCAUGUCAAAUCUACAGAGCCCAAAGCCACCCCGCAACCGCUCAACUUGGUGUCCAACAUUACAUUGUCAAAGUCUGCCCCUCCUGAAACCUCUCCUCCACUGAGUCUGCCUCAGACCCCCACCACGCCCACUGCGCCACUCACCCCCCUGUCUCAGACUCAUUCUGUCAUCACAGCCAACAACCUCCACAGCAUGGGCCCCAUGCGACGGCGUUACUCUGAAAAAUACAACAUGCCCAUCUCUCCAGAUCUCAGUCAGAACAAAGAAUUUUACAUGAAUGCAGACGUUAGACCACCUUUCACGUACGCCUCGUUAAUAAGACAGGCGAUCCUCGAAUCUCCAGAAAAGCAGCUAACACUAAACGAAAUCUACAACUGGUUCACAAGAAUGUUUGCAUAUUUUAGACGCAAUGCAGCAACGUGGAAGGGUGCCGUUCGCACCAACCUUUCCCUGCAUAAGUGCUUUGUGAGAGUAGAGGAUGAAUUUGGGUCCUAUUGGACUGUUGAUGAUGAGGAGUUUAAGCACGGCCGACACGUACAGCGAGGCCGUCCUCGGAAAUACGCCGUUGAUGAGAACUUCGACGAAAGUCCAGCAUUGGUGAAGAAUAUUCAGACAAGCUUGGGCUAUGGGCCGACCCUUUCCGCUGCAUUCCAGGCUUCAAUGGCGGAGAACAACAUACCUCUAUACACAACUGCUUCCAUUGGAAGUCCCACCCUCAACUCCUUGGCAAACGCCAUCCGUGAAGAAAUGAAUGGAGCGAUGGACCAUGGAAACAGCAACGACAGUGACAGCAGCCCAGGACGCUCACCACUGGCAGCUAUGCACCACAUCAGCGUCAAAGAGGAACCACUGGACGCAGAGGACCACGAAGGACCUCUCUCCCUGGUAACGACCGUCAAUCACAGUCCCGACUUUGACCACCACAGAGAUUACGACGACGACCAGGGCCAUGACGACAUGCUGUGAAGGCUGCGCGUUCAUCCGGGAGACACACAAUGAACAGCUGUCUCAAACUGAAGGCCAAUGCCGCCAAGUAUCUUUUUAGUGCCAUAACAUGACAUUGCAACUCAAAACAUCCCACUAGUGGGUCCUUUUCUCUCCCCAAUCACUUUUUACUUUUGAAGUCCAAACAACUUUUGCUUUCCUCUUUGCGUCAGAUGGAUCAGUUUGGUACGUGGCGAUGAGCUCGCCUCACAGAUGAGAGACCAGAAGGAAACAGAGAUCGUUGCCAAGCAGCCAGGAUAGCAGACUGCGGCAGGGUUACAUCUCUACCCCUGCCCCCCCUCACGCUAUAUGGCCCCUCCCCACAUCAUGCCUGUCUGAGGACUCACAUAUUGACAAAGACUAAGUGACUGACAUGUCAUUCAGGUCAACGUGCUUUCACUGCUUCAACACAUUGCAUCUACUGUGAGAGGGGUGUUUUUAUUUGUUUGUUUGGGGGGGUUGGGAGACAGAUAAGAGUAUCAACAUAAUGUCUUUCCAUCAUUCAAUGCUGUUUUUGAUGUUUUUUUUCCUCUAAACUCAUCUGACCUCAUGUCCGUGCUGUGGAGAUUGUGUUUUCUGCACUUGAUGAUGAAUGUUUACAAUUUCUUUUAAUGUUGUUCUUUAAAACACACACACAUGAAGCAGAAUGUAUGACAAAGUGUAUCAUUUUUCUGUCAUUUAUUCUAAGGGGGGGAAUGUAGCUGGACUAUUUACCACAUCGCCGCCCCCUUCACCAUCUCCCAUUACCAAGUCCACCGGCCUAUGAUGAAGGCGCUCACCAUGCUUCGAUGAAGCCUAGUUUAAGAUGCGAAUGAAUGACAGAGAAAUUAUACAGGUUGUGAUUUAUCCUCAUGGCGUUACACUUUAAAACACGGCUGAGCACGUUGAGCUACAAGACACUUUCUGAUCACUUACAAGCGGCGGGCAGUUUAGUGAGGGGAAAAUAAAAAUGUCAGGUAUGCCCCGGUAUGAUAAUACUUUAAACUAAUUCCUGACCGUAGCUGCCAUUCUUGAUGAGAAGAGUGGAUUUUGCCACUCUAUAAUUUCCCUUUGUCCUGUUUAAAGAUAAACUUGCAUUCCCUGUUUGUUCCGUAUCAUGCGCCAGACCAGUUUGCGCUAAAAAUUUAUCAUUUCAUAGCAGAUAUGCUAAUGCUUUUCUUUCAUGAAGGGAAAUGGCCCAAGACUUUGUAACAAAAGUUGCCUGCUCCAGAUAGAGCCAGGAGGAGGGUCUGAACACACAAACACACCCUUUUCAGACCUCAGUCUUAUCUACUUGGCUGCAAAAUCUUACCAAUACUAUGCUUUAUUUAUUGUCAAAACUAACUUGAUUAAAAUGAAUAUCAGACUCAUCACCUAAAAAGUAACUCAUUUUUAGACAAAAGUAACUCGUUUUUAGACAAUUUUUACUUGUCAAGCCAAAAUUUUACUUGAAAUAUGACAUUGUAAUCAUCCAUUUUCCGAGCCACUUAUCUUCACAAGGGCCGCGGGAGGGCUGGAGCCUAUCCAAGCUGUCAUUGAGCAGGAGGCAGGGUACACCUUGAACUUACUCGACAGUCAAUUCAUUUCUAACUGUCAAAGUAAACAUUAACUUGAAAUAAAUAAAAAUGGUUGAGAAAAUUACUCUUUAGGCGAUCUUAUUUUAAGUGUAUGGUAAUCUUACAUUGAUUGGGCGGGUUGGUUCCAGACAGGGGGCACGGUCCUCACAGUUCUGAGGACAGGAGUUCAAUCCCACCCCCGCCUGUGUGGUGUUUGUGUGUUCUCCCUGUGCCUGCGUGGGUUUUCUCCGAGCAGUCCGGUUUCCUCCCACAUCCCCAAAAUACGUAACAUUAAUUGGACACUCUAAAUUGUCCCUAUGUGUGAUUGAGAGUGUGACUGUUGUCUGUCUCCAUGUGCCCUGCGAUUCGCUUGCAACCAGUUCAGUGUGUACCCCGCCUCCUACUGGAUCACAGCUGAGAUGGGCUGCCGGACUCCCACAAACAUUGUGAGGAUAAGCGUCUCAGAAAUGAAAUGGUUCCAGACAAUCCCUGCAAUAGGUGAAAUCCGCACAGUAGUGAGUGCACUUUUUUGUGCGUGCGGGGGCUAACAGUAGUCCUGUAAACUAUGUACAUUUUAUGCUUUGUAAUGUGUUUUAAUUUCUUUUUUUCCAAAUGUUUUAGGAUGGGAUUUGUUUGAUUUGCCAUUCAAAAAAAAUGACAGUAUACACUCAGAAUCCGAUGAUAUGGGGAAUCAUGUGCAAUAAAUCCGCAGUGCACUGAAUCAGCAAUGGGUGAACUGUGAUAUAGGUAGGGAACCCUGUACAGUAAUCUUAUGUUGGUUUUGGGUAAAAAUAAGACAAAUAUUCUUGGUAAGAUUUUGCAAUUUUUCAGUGUCGGUGAGACAGCCAUUAAAUUCCACUUUAGAUCAGUGGGACGUUUUAUCAAGUGCAUGAAUUCCAAACACUGUUGUUUCUUAUUUUGUUACAAUUAUUAGCUGUUUUAUGUAUCUUUUUGUGAAUCUUUGAGUACUAAAAAUUGUUCUGUCACUACUAAAGAGAUACAGUACUACUCAUUCUAUAACCAUGCAACAAAGUGAUCAGGCCAAAUGUGGCUCCUCCUCCAGUUUCCUUUUCCCAUUAGCUGCAAUCGAGCCGGGAGGUGGAAUUGAGGAAAAGGCUCGUCUCACUGGUGUUAAUCAAACCCGGCGUCACAUUCACUUCACUGCAGUGACCAAAAAAUGAAUGGGAGGCUAUGACCGUCCAUAUCAACCAAUUUAGUACACCUGUUUGUCAUUGUCAGUGAGACAGAAAAUGAGCUACAUAUGUUAAUGAGGGAAAAUAUUACAGGGAAUGAAGAGAAAAUAAAUAAAUAAAAAAAGCUUUGCCGAGACCAAUGACCAACUGGAAAACACAAUGAUCUCAUGUUUUGUUUAUCUAUCUCCUCACCAUGGCUAUCAUUUGGAAUGAUUGUAUGCCUCUUUUUUUUGUUUUUGCGACUUGACUGGGUUCCGAUGUACCCUAACAUUGACAAGACAUUACAAUUGUUUUAAGUUUCUGUAUUACUUUUUAUAUUUAAAAAAAACACACUCCUGUCAACUCUUAAGCUGAGUACAAGAUACUUUGUAGCUGUUACUAUUAUUGAUUACUACGUUUAAUGGUCAUCACCAAAAAAAGGAAAAAUCCAUUUUGUGUUUUCCAAACAAGGCAUCCUAGUGUGUGACGAGGAUUGUGAGAAGCAGGGUCAAAAUUGCCCACCAACAUCCACUUUCUACCUACUGUAGUUUUUGGGGUAUUUAAAAAAAAGGGAAGGACAGACUCCAGACAACUAGAACAUUUGAAGCAUGUGUAGCUUGACAGCAUGAGAAAACUGUUUGAACAUCAAAUCAACGGGAAAUGAUUCACAAAAAUCAAAAUUUGGCUCAGCUGUUUUCUUGUCUUGCAUGUGUAGUCUGAUCCUGUUGAAAGAGCGGCAAAGGUGUUUUGACAACCUUCAAGGUUCUCUCACUUUCAUUUGGCAACAGCAAGCAUUCGGCUGUGUGCUAGUUACCGCUCGGUCUUGUGCGAUGUGAAGCAAAGGGAUGAUUUUAAGGGUGCUAAAUUAGGUUUGUUGUUCUUGUUAUGAGUCAGUAAAGAUUUUGUCUUUCCCCUCCCGUCGCUCAAAGAUGCAUUUGUGCUAUUGCUUUGUCACAAUGGCUUCUAAACUACUGUAUGUAUUGGGAUAUCAGACUGUGCUACACAUGUAUUCAACUUAGAAAUUCUUGUUUUUAGAAUGUUGAAAAUCAUCAAGGCAGAUGUGAGCGAGAGGGGGCGGGCUGAGAGCGCUAUAACCCCCAAUUAUGGAUUUUCAACUGUAAUAUAGGAACAGACUUUUCUCCGUUAUCGUUGACUUUAAGGCUUUUUGUACAGUUUUCCCUUUUUUGUGUUUUUGAUACUUCCUUUUAAUGGUCCAACCACUGCCUUCUGUGGCCAUAUGUGAAACAUUAUUGCUCAAGAAAAGGCCACACAGAUGUGUUUCCUCUUUAAGAUGGAGACGUGUUGCAUGACAGUCUUGACUCGCAGAGACGAGCCUUAUGGUUGAAGUGGACCGUAAUAAUAGAAGGGUGUAUUAUGGUAAUAAUAUUUUAUAUGGGGAUAAAAGGAAAAAGACAAAUAUGCAGUGCCAAGGUGUAAAAGAUGUAAAGACUAUUGUUAAAUACUUGGUUUGUUUUAUUUUUUAAGGAAAAUUAUCAGAUGCGUCUCAAAGAUUUCCCCUCAUCCUUUUUUCUCAUUGAAAAUUUUAUUGUAAGUGGACAGAGGUUGAAUAAAAAAACUUCACUUGUCACGUCACACUGAGCUAAGAAGCCAUCAUCGGAUCCACCAUCAACCAUUCAGCCCGCUGUAAUUGUGUUGGGUUUCCGCCUCUCCGACCAUAUGCUUUUGUGCAGUUGGUGGGUGGGGGGAGGGCCGUCUUGGCAGUCCGGAGAGGCCAUGUUCUCAUCUUGCAGCAGCUUGUCUUUCUUUUCUUUUAUUUAUUUGAUGACAAACUAUGUACUUUCUGUUCCUUGUUUUUUUUAUAGAGUAAUAAUUUGCUCCUCUCUUCCAUGCGUGUGUCAUCUCAUCAUUUUUUGUCUAACUGAUGCAGACCAGUGAGACCACUCUGUUGUAGUUAGUGCCAACUACUGACAUGAGCGUUCUAAACAUGCAAUAAAAAGCUGGUUGUUGCGUCCA